UCCUCGCCUCAGCCCGCCGUCCCCCCGCGGGCUUGCCCCGUUACCGAGGGACGCCCGGGCCGGGGGCCGCCUUGCCGCGGGGCUCCGGCGCCCCUCGCUGACUCAGCAGCCGGGCAGGGCCUGGUGCCGCCGCCUGAGGCGAGCCCCCGCCCGGGCCGCGCACUGCGGCCGCUGUGGGUGGCCGGCGGCGGCUGAGGGACCGGCGGAGCUCCGGGCGGGACGGCGGGAGCUACUUCCAUGUGGGCUUCCUGCUGUGGAUUGCUGAAUGAAGUCAUGGGUACCGGUGCGGUCCGUGGCCAGCAGGCUGGCUUUGGGGGAGGUGCUGGCCCGUUCAGAUUUGCACCGAAUACAGACUUCUCAGCAUAUCCGUCUCCAGCUGCGGCGGGCGCUAACAUAGUUUGCAAAGCCUGUGGACUUUCCUUUUCAGUUUUUAGGAAAAAACACGUGUGUUGCGACUGCAAGAAGGAUUUUUGCUCAGUUUGUUCAGUCUUAAAAGAGAAUCUUAGAAGAUGUUCCACUUGUCACUUGCUGCAAGAAACAGCCUUCCAGCGACCUCAGUUAAUGAGAUUGAAAGUAAAGGAUCUGCGUCAGUAUCUGGUUCUCAGAAACAUACCGACGGAUACUUGCAGGGAGAAAGAAGACUUGGUGGAUCUCGUGCUGUGCCAUCAUGGAUUAGGUUCGGAGGAGGACAUGGACGCUAGUAGCUUGCAUUCAUCACGGUCACAGACUUCGGGGUUUUUUACUCAUCCGUUUUCUAUGUCUGUAUCAGUGUCGUCUCAAGGAGAACUUGCAAACAGAAGGGAAAGCACAGGAAAUGGAACACCUUUACGGGGACAAAUGGAAACAUCUUCUAUAAAUAAUGAAGAAGAAGAAAGUGCAGAAGAGCAGACUCCUGGAUUGUCCAGAAAGCGAGCGAGGGCAUCUUUGUCCGAUAUUUCAAGUCUGGAAGACAUUGAAGGGUUGAGUGUUCGGCAGCUGAAGGAAAUACUUGCGUGUAAUUUUGUCAACUACUCAGGAUGCUGUGAAAAAUGGGAACUUGUGGAAAAAGUGAGCAGACUAUACAGAGAGAGUGAGGAGAACCACAAGACACAGGGUGAGAAGAUGCAGCUGAAUGAGGACGACGAUAACCUGUGUCGGAUCUGCAUGGACGCCGUCAUCGACUGCGUCCUGCUGGAGUGCGGCCACAUGGUCACUUGCACCAAGUGUGGCAAGAGGAUGAGCGAGUGCCCCAUCUGCCGACAGUACGUUGUGCGGGCUGUGCACGUGUUCAAGUCCUAACCCCACUGUGGGUGGCUGGAGUCGCCCUUCCAAGAUUUCUGAGGGCAGGAGUGCGAACCCCAGGGUGUCUGUCAGCUCUGUAGUUCUCAAUAAACGCAGCAUUUUGAACAUCAGGAUCUGGAAGUUUGUGAAACACUUUUCUACAGCGUACCGGACCCUGCGCUUGGGCAGUGCGACAUGAUGUUGGUGUGUGCAGUAAUAGCGCUGCCUGAUGCUACCUUACAACCCCCAAACUGUUUGAGUCAAACUGUUUACACCAGUUCUUGCUCUCUUCUGAAGAAUAUCACCUCCGAUUAUUGCGUUCAGUACUCAGCAUCUGGUCAGGAAACACCUCUGCUUGACCGUAUUAGCCUGUUACCUUGUCUAGUGCAUUAGAAGCAAUGACUAUCAGUUGAAUAUUCAGCUUUUAUGUAAUUAUAGAAUGUAACUGUUCUGACACUGUCCCUGCAACAGUGUUAACAGUAUCAAAUAACGACUGUAGACAGCACUGCCAUUAACUGUACCUGCACAAAGCCCUGAAGCAAUCUAUUUUAUAUUUUAUGCCAAUUGCUUCCUUCCAAAUGUCUGUUGUUACACACGUACGGUCUGGGCCCUCCUCUGUACAGGUACAAAAAGCGCCAUUGCUUUGCAGGGCUCUGCCAUGUGGCAUCCAAAUACCAGUUACUUGUUUUUUAGUUUAGGAAUAAAAUAUUUUUUUAAGAAGGGGUAUAGUAAACCAUACUAUUGUGAUCCUUAAUCUGCUCAUGCCUAUUGUAACUAUUAAUGUGUGAUGAUUGUACUCCAUGUGCCGACAACCUGAUGUUACUGUGAAUACUAAUCAGGGUGAUGACACGAUGUGCUGCUGAUAUGUGGAAUGUAUGGUGUUACUGACCUGCACUGCAGAGGGGAAACGCAGCGUUUGUUUGAAACCUCGUUUGUUCAGAGACUUUUCACGUAGGCUGAGCUUCCUGGGGGCUGCGGUGCUGCAGGCAGUGCCCCAAGCGGGGUAAAAGUGCCCUCUCCAGCAAGGAUGUCCAACUGGGCCUUGGGGGAUACCUGUGACAUGGCCGGGGGAGGAACAGCAGCUGGGACAGCUCAUGUUUUGGGGACAGGAUGCCCAUGGCCAAGCUGGUGUUUAAGCUCACUGUAAGAACAGGAGGCUGCCCUGGCUGGUUAUUCUUUGAGCAGGGUGGGUUGAUGGCACUGCAGUUGCUCCUUGGAGUUUCCCACCCACCAGGGAAGUGCCAAGGCCAGGUUUUGCCUGGGCUGCAGCCCCCGGAGCUCUUACCUCUUGCCACGCUCUCCUGCCUGUUCCUCAUCUUCUAUGUGAAAAAUUCAGCUGGCUUGAGAAGGUAGCUCUUGCACAUGAGAUACACAGCCUGGAGCUGCUGCUGGUUAUUUUUCAGAAGGGAGCAAACCUCUCCAUGGCUUCAUUUUUUAGAAGUAACUUUUUAAUGGUACUUAAUUGCUGGAGUCUCUGUUCUGUGGGUAAGCUAAUGAAGAAAACCAUACCCUAUGUGUUAAUUCCAUGCUGAUAAUUUCAUUAGCCACACAAGCUCAAUAAAGAUUUGUGAUGGGC